CAACAACCACAACAACCCGAGCCACCAUGAUCAAGCGUGCUAUGGUAUUGGGUGGCGUCCUAACUGUUGGCGUUGCGGCAGUUCCAUUCGUUCGUCACGCCAUGUCUCGCUUCAAACCGGCGGUGACCAAUGCGCUGACUUCGGGAACAAGUGCCGAGGCUCCGCCAAGCCGGCGUGUGGCGCUCGUCUUGAGUGGCGCAGGUGUGUACGAUGGAAGUGAGAUCCAAGAAGCCGUGAGCUGCUUGAUCCAUCUGAGCAAAGCCAAUGCCGACGUACGAGUGUUCGCACCGGAUAUUCUGCAGCAUCACGUCAUCAACCAUCUCACGGGCGACGUGAUGCCAGCGGAAUCACGCAACGUGCUGGUCGAAUCAGCGCGCAUUGCUCGCGGCAAAGUCGAGAAGCUGGACUUGUUGGACGUAGCACAGUUCGAUGCUGUGGUCGUGCCGGGCGGUUUCGGCGCGGCCAAGAACCUCAGCUCGUUUGCGUUUGAAGGCGAGAACAUGCAAGUGCAGCCACAAGUCGCCGCCGCGCUGACGGCAUUCCAUGCAGCCAAGAAACCGAUUGGAUUGAUUUGCAUUGCGCCCGUCUUAGGCGGUAAACUCUUUCCUGGCGCGGAACUGACCAUGGGGCGUCGAUCUGGUGCCAAGUGGUCCUCCGGACCUGACGCCGCCAGCGCCGUCGAGUCGUGGGGGGCCAAGAUCAUCGAGAAGGACCAUGACGAAGUCCACGUGGACACGGUCAACAAGAUCGUGUCGGCGCCAGCGUACAUGUACGAUCAAGCGACCCCCGCGAUUGUGUUUGACAACGUCGGCCAAGUUGUGGACGCCGUGGUUCGAAUGAAGUAAACCACGCGAUUUAAAACAAUUCUGGACAAGCAGUACCUUUAUGCCUCGUCGGCUACACAUUCCAUGACACGAUAGCAAACAUGGUAGUAGGUGUUGAGAGCUGACUUCGAUCGUUUUGAGCAGAAACACUAUGGUGUGUACUGGUAAAUUCGAUACGUUUCCCUGUGCUCGAUAAUAGAGAUGCUGUAAAC